CCGGACGCUGCGCGACAACAGACGAGCCCGAUUGUCGGAAGCGGCCAUUAGUCCAACGAAUACACACAUUUCUUGGUCUAAAUUAUUCUGUUUCUACGACUACCUCUACACUCAUUUGAUAUUUUAUCGAUUGGUAAAAUGGGAAGAAGCCGGAGUCGAACUCCUCCAAGGCGAGAGAGAAGGCGUUCCCGCUCAACUUCCCGUGAUCGUGAGCGAAAGCGAAGGGAAAGGGAACGCUCUCGUUCUCGAGAUCGUGAGCGGCGCAGAAGUCGCUCGCGAUCUCCUCACAGGAGACGUUCAAGGUCUCCACCCCGACGUCAUCGCUCCUCCUCCUCUCACUCUGACCGCCGCGAUGAUGAGCGCAAAGAUUCUAAGGAAAAAACAGUGAAGCCCAUUCAGAUCUCUGAGGAAGACAUGGAGGGUAAAACGGAAGAGGAAAUUGAGAUGAUGAAGCUGAUGGGUUUUGGCUCCUUUGAAACCAGCAAGGGGAGGAAAACUGAUGGGUCGGUCAAUGCAUUUGCUAUCAAUGUGAGCAUGAAGAGAAAAUACAGGCAGUACAUGAACAGAAAAGGUGGGUUCAACCGACCACUGGACUUCAUUGCCUGAAAGUAUCAACAACCUGUGAUAGCCGGCAAGCUGAGCUCCGUUCUCCUCUCCAUUGUAGUGGAUGAUAUUGUUUUGUGUUAUGCAACAUUUGUGUAUAGUUUUUUUUCCCUAGCAAUACAUGGGAGACGUAGCAAUACAUUGCAUGCGGCGUGUGUUGUUUUUGUGUGUGGAAUUUUAUCUGAAAUAAAAUGAUUUCUAAAAUUUG